AUGCUUAACCACAUCUCUAAAGAUCGAGGUUCAUUUUUGAAAGCCCGUGACUGCUUUAGUUCCAGUUUGUCAAAGUUGAAUGAAAUAAGGACUCAUCUCCAGUUUAAUGACGAGUGGAAAAUUAGCUACCGCGAUACGUAUAACAAUAUAUACAAUAGUUUGUGGUGUCUCCAUUUAAACCAAGGUGAAGUUAAUGAUGCCUUGCGUGUUGCUGAGGAUGGAAGGGCGCAGGCUCUAAAAAGAUCUCAUGGAAGAAAAAUUAUGGGUGUCAAGACGUAUACUCUUGGUCUCAUUCCUCAGAAAAGUCGACUGGUUCCUCUCUUAGAUCCAUUCAUUCGACAACAGUUUUCAUAGCUCUCAAUAGACAAGAAAUAAUUUUCUGGGUCAUAAGGAAAGAUGAAGAAGUCACCUUGAGGAGAAGAGAGGGUAAGAGACUAUGUUUCCGAAGAAGACGUGAGAACUUUCCUUUCGACUCUACACCAUACCACCUUGGACGAAAUUGGUGUACGUGCUGGCGUUAAAAUCGAAAAUCGCUCACUUGAUGAGUCACGUGAGGUGGGGUGCACGACUGACAGGGCCCCUGUCAAUAUUUCUCAACCUCUUUCAUCACAGGAAAGCUUUAAAGAGCUUUUUGACCUUAUCAUUGCUCCUGUUGCUGACCUGGUUUAUGGAAAUGACCUCAUUCUCGUUCCAGAAGGUCCAUUAUGUUUGGUACCCUAUGCAGCACUAAUGAACCCAAAACAGGAGUAUCUGUGUGAGUCUCUAAAGAUCAGAUUGAUUCCGUCCUUGACCACUUUGAAAUUAAUUACCGAUCCUCCAGCUGACUUCCACAAUAAGACAGGCGCCCUUCUCGUGGGAGAUCCGUACCUAGAGGGAAGUUCUCUAUAAAGGGAGAAAGUUGUGUGAGCUGCCAUAUGCAAAGAAAGAAGUUGAGAUGAUUGGAAGAAUCCUAGGAACGGCUCCCUCAUUGGAAAAAUGGCGACUAAAGGAGAAGUCUUAA